AGUUCUCUACGGCAACUACCAUUUGCUUUGGGUGUUGCCAGUGCUUUAAGAGGCCUUCGACGCCUUCCCGUAGACUGUGCUCCUUCCUUCUUCUCUGAGUCUGUUCUCCUGAUCGCCUCUCUUCCCCAGUCAACAUGGCCCGUCUCUGGCUGCUGCUCCUCGCUGCCCUGCUGACAGCGGCGGGGUCGGACGCCGCCGGGAUCGGCUUCGAGUUCCACCACCGGUUCUCCGACCGCGUGCGGCAGUGGGCAGAGGACCGCGCCAUCCCCGGCGCCUGGUGGCCCCAGAAGGGCACCGCGGAGUACUACGCCGCCCUCGCCCACCACGACCGCGCCCUCCGCGGCCGCUCCCUCGCCGACGCCAGCGCUUCCGAGCUCACCUUCGCCGACGGAAACGUCACCUACUUGUCCGGUUCCUUGGGAUUCUUGCAUUACGCGUUCGUCGAGCUGGGGACUCCGAACGUGACGUUCUUGGUGGCGUUGGACACCGGCAGCGAUCUCUUCUGGGUGCCCUGUGAUUGCCAGCAGUGCGCCUCCACCCAUCUCGUCGGCUUGGAGUUGAACGUAUACAGCCCCAGCAAUUCAUCAACGAGCCAAAAGGUCCCCUGCAGCAACAGCUUAUGCGAUAACCAAAACGCGUGCACCGGAACAAACGGCAGCUGCCCUUACAAUGUUCAGUACUUAUCCGCUAAUACUUCAUCUUCUGGAUUUCUAGUAGAGGAUGUUCUGUACCUGACGACGGAGGACGCGACUCCCCGGAUUGUUGAAGCACCAAUCGUGUUUGGAUGUGGAGAUAGACAGACUGGUGCAUUUCUAGAUGGUGCAGCUCCCAAUGGUCUGUUUGGGCUUGGAAUGGAGAAGGUGGCAGUCCCCAGCAUUCUAUCAAGCAAAGGAUUCACUUCUAAUUCCUUCUCCAUGUGCUUUGGAGAGGAUGGUGUUGGGAGAAUCAAUUUUGGAGACAAAGGCAGCUCAGAUCAGCAAGAAACUGCAUUCUUCAACGACAGCAGACACCCAUCUUACAAAAUCAACAUGACUGGAAUUGUGGUCGGAAACAGUUCUACUGACAUGGUGUUUGAUGCACUUGUUGAUUCGGGUACUUCCUUCACAUCCUUGGCUGAUCCAAUGUAUACGUACAUCGCCGAGAACUUUAAUGCACAAAUAAAGGAGAAACGAUACAAAUCCGAAUCGAACUCCACAUUUGAGUAUUGCUAUGAACUCAGCCCCGGGCAAACUCGGGUUUUGUUGCCUGUGAUAAACCUAACAACACUUGGUGGAAGUGUCUUCCCUGUGAACGACCCAAUUAUCUUUCUCACAGGACCGGCAAAUCAAACUAUAUAUUGCCUCGCUCUUCUGAAGUUUUCUGGAGUCAAUAUAAUCGGGCAGAACUUCUUAUCGGGGCUUCGCGUGGUCUUCGACCGAGAAAGGCUCGUUCUGGGGUGGAAGAAGUUCGAUUGCUACACUGUGGACAACUCCACCGCUCUGUCCACGCCCACCUCGUCCCCAUCAAAUGCAGUUACUCCUGUGCCGAGCAGCUACACUCAGGAGAUGACAAAGACAGACCCAAAUGCGGCUCAGGUGCCGGCGAGGAGUCCUCCGUCGAGCUAUUCACCGCAUUCCAAGGCCAUGUCAAAUCUCUCCCCGGUGGUGUUGCUGAUGCUCUCUCUGGCUCUCCUCUGGUGAUCAUUCUCCUUCUGACUGCUAUAAGCUUCGUAAGCUUUACCAGCCACACAGGAAUAAUCCUAUGUUUAUAUUGCAAUCGAUACUGUAGAGAGAGAUUGUCUUGAAUAAUUUCAUAAUGGAGAAUUGUGUUUCUUGUGAAAUUUUAAAUUACAGAAAAAUAAAUAGUUUUUAUUUUCA